UCUCUCCCCCCCCCCCCCCUCCUCUUCUCUUCUCUGUGUGUUGCUCAAACUUAAAGUUGUUCAUUCAUACUUCGUACUAGCUCGUGGGCUCUUCAUCAUCGUGUUGGAUGUCCCGUUUGUGUCAAUCUUAUAUAUAUGUGUGUGUGUAUUCUGCUAGCUUUGCCUUAGCUAGAAGGUGAGGAUGAAGUUCGAGUAGGCAGCGGGGAGAAAAAUCGUAGCUAGUUAUCUCAUAAAACCCUUUUUGGGAUCGAGGACUUCAUACUUGUAGAUAUCGGUGUUCAGUAUUCCAAUAUUGCAAGAAGCGGUUCCCGACUGGUCUGCUCAUCAGGCGAGGAUGACAAGGGAUCUGGCAACUCCAGUGUGCAGGUCUGCUCAUGAUUUUGAGGAGCUAGUAUGGGAGAACGGGACUCUCUUCGUGCGCGGUACGAGGGAUCAGAACAACAACGUCUUGUCCUCGGGAUAUACUGGUUUUUCUAAUAACAAUCGAGCAGGACAUGAACAAGUGAACAAGGAUGGUGCGGAGAGGGCACUGAGAUUGGGAAACCUUCCUCACGAGUUCAUGUUUACCGGCGACGCUAGUAAACCUAACAACAAUGAUUCUCGACCACACCAAACUUCUACGUCCUGUCUGGGUCCUGGCUUUGAUUCGAACCGCUACCUCUUACCAACUACUGGUGUCUCAGAGCCAAGAUCGAGAUCUCUCGGCGAGAUGAACAGGGUGAACUUCUCCUUCUUCCUUGGAAUUAAUUCUCUAAUCAAUGAGGCCAAUGGUCAAGGAAGUAGAAGCAACAGAAGUAGAUUUGGUGCUCUUCCAAAAGCCGAGACCGAUAAACUCAACAAGAUGCCUUCCUCGGAGUACAAGAACCAAACGGGUUCUCAGAAGCGGCCAGUUCAUGUACUAGAGACUGAGACUGAGGUUGUUGAGGCAGCACCUUUGUGUUUCGGUGCUGGCGGGGGAGAUUUCCUAGUCCCGGAUGAGCAUUCUCAAGCUAUUGGCAAUCACUUCAUUGAUGAUCACGAUAUUCAAAAUAGCACAUUUGAUGAUGAUCAUCAAGUUCCAGGCCCAGACUCAAGCAUAGAAGCUUCAAACGCUCUUCUGCGUAAAUUGAAGAGAAGAUGCGAGGAAUCGGAGUCCACAUAUCUGAAUGAAGACGAAGAUGAAGAAAUGGAGGAUCAUAAGAGAAGAGCCAUACACUAUUCCGGGGGGAGGGUUGGUGCUAAAAGAAGGCGUUCAGCGAGUCAUAACUUGUCGGAAAAGAAGCGAAGAGAUAAGAUCAACAAGAGAAUGCGAGCAUUACAAGAACUUCUUCCAAAUUGCAAUAAGGUCGACAAAGCUUCAGUCCUAGAUGAGACAAUUGAAUACGUGAAAACUCUUCAGCUUCAGCUUCAGAUGAUGUCGACUGGAACCCGCCUGUUCGCGCCCACUAUGGCAAUGUUACCCACCGGAAUACCCCAAAUGCCGAUGCCAUACUUGAACCAGUUCUCAACAGUGAGUGCUGGAAUGGGCAUGAGAAUGGGACCGGCCUUCGCUCAAGGCCCAACGCAUCAGUUCCCGCUCCCCGGACCCGGACCUACUGCUUUCGCUGGAGGAUUCCAGCCGAUGGGGUGCAUGCCGUAUAUUCCACUCCUAGGAGGGCAUCCUGCAUUAAGUUCACUCAUGAACGGUGCUGAUUUCUCAAGGGCAGCCGUCACCCCGAAUGACCAGCUGGGCUCAGCUGUGAUUUCAGGCUCGAAUGAUUCAAAACCAGAGCAAGAGUUUCUCGGAACUCGAGGACAGAUUAGAAAGGAAGAUUCUAGAUAUUUUGAAUAACAUUACGAGCUUCCUCCUAGGCCAUUGGAUUGGUAAUUAGGAGAUGAAUUCGAACGGAAAGACACUCAUAAAAACAACCUCGAAUUUCUAGAAAGCAUCUGUAAAUACUGUAACUCAAGAAAGGUUUCCGUUGAUGAUAAGAUUGCUGUUCAUGUCUUUCUAUACCUUUUGUAUCAACACACAAAUACCAUACCGAAU